CAUGGAAACCGAAUUAGCAUUUGGCUUGGAAUUAAGAUACGAAGAAGAUAUUUUACAUAACGACAAACAAAUUAUUAAAGAUAUUGAACAGUUUGUGCAAAAAGAUUUAUGCGUUGCCAUAGUGGGCGCUGAAAUUGAAUCAAACUUCUCAUUCAUCUUCCGAGAACUUUGUAAUUUAUUACCCAAUUGUCGUCUAGUUCUACAUAUGAUUGGACCGAAUAUCAAGCGAAAGCAGGAUGAGAACUAUGAUAAUUUAAAGAUGAAAUUUGAAAAGAAGACCCUAUUCCAUCAAAUUGAAGACAUUGAUAUUCAAUUUGAUUUUAUUAUAUGCUUCAAUUCUGGAUUUGUAGCUUAUCGUAGUUGGAUUAAAACAAUUGAAAAGUUUAUGAUGAUGAAAAUUCCAGUUUUUACUACAGAACGCUGUUAUUUAACUCUUUCUAUGUUUGAUAAAGCUAAGGAGAAUAGGGAUGUACGUUUAACUAAUUUCUCAAUUAACCCAUUUAGAUCUGUUGUUAAAAAAUCAUGUCAACAAUACGAUCUUUCGUGGUUAUCUAACUCGUUUAUAUGUAAACUUGAAUUUUAA